GAACUGCAGGCACGAGUCGUCUGGCAAGACUGCGGGAAUCGAGUCGUCUGGCAAGACUGCGGGCAUCGAGUCAUCUGGCAAGACUGCGGGCACCGAGUCGUCUGGCAAGACUGCGGGCAUCGAGUCGUCUGGCAAGACUGCGGGCAUCGAGUCGUCUGGCAAGACUGCGGGCACCGAGUCAACUGGCGGAACAGCGGGCAUCGAGUCAACUGGCGGAACAGCGGGCAUAGAGUCAACUGGCAAGACUGCGGGCACCGAGUCGUCUGGCAAGACUGCGGGCACCGGGUCAUCAGGUAUGACAGCGGGCACCAGGUC